UCUUCUCCAGGUGUCAGUAGACAUGAGGCACAUCAGUGGUGUUUAGCACACGCCUUUGAGUUGGUGGAACUCAGCCCUGAAGACCUGCCAGAUGAGGAAGAUGACUUCCCAGAGUCUACAGGAGUGAAGAGGAUUGUCCAGGCUCUCAAUGCCAACGUGUGGUCCAGUGUGGAGAUGAAGGAUGAACACAGUGGGGGCUUUGGUCUUAUGAGCAGCUUGGUGGCCUCCAGACAUAACAACCCACGGCCCAGGACACACCCCCACCGGUCAUCCUCCAGUCUGCCAGUAGAGGGCGUAGUAGACAGUGGGGAGCCUCGCAGGACUGAACCCAACCCUGACGACCGAGACACACAGGUUGACACCAUAGUAGAUCCGAUGCUUGACUUGGACAUCCAGGAGCUGGCUAACCUGACGGCUGGGGACGCGGACGUGGAGAACUUCGAACGCCUCUUCACCAAACUGAAGGAGAUGAAAGAUAAGGCUUCAUGGCUACCUCCUGAACAGAGGAAACUCCAUGCCGAGAAGGUUGCCAAGGCGUUUUGGACGGCAAUCGGAGGAGACCAGGAUGAGAUAGAAGGCCUGUCGUCAGGGGAGGAGAGUUAAGGGGAGACUGAGGAGUCACGCUCUUCCUUGCUGUCCCCAGUCCU